AUGCUCAAAUUCAAGAACAAAUUCAAGUUUGGGUCAGCGGAAAAAGAGCCCGCACAGGCGCCGUCGCCAGCGUCUUCGCAAGAGCUCAAGCCAACUCAACUGGGCACUUCCUCGCUGAUCCCUGAUAUGCUGAAGCUCGAUCUUCUGGACUCGGAGAGCCGGAAGUCAGACCAGAUAGAGAGGUCGCUGCUGCGCUCCUUCUUACCGUCCAACCCAGGUGUGCUCAUUGUCAAAAUGUAUCGCUCGCAGAAAGUUGGACUCCCCAUCAGUAUCAACAACGACAAGCAGAUUUUACAGGCCUUAGCCCAGAACACCAACGAUGCGACCGUGGCACAACGCUUGUCUCAGCGUUUGUCGGACUUGGCUCACUCGGAAGCUGAAGACGCAUCUGCCGGUGGACGGGCGCCAGAAACGCUUCCUGGUUCCUCUGCUGCAUUGUAUCUUCCACUGAAUAUCGACAUUCCCGGAAGUAAUGGUGAACGCGUGGUGAAACCUCUUCUUUUCAUGACAGUGGAGUUUGACAACAACAUGAUCAUGGUUGAAUCCCGCAAGGGAACUGUAGACUCGUGUCAGUGGGACCGUGUAAUGACGUUUGAUGUUACCAAAAUGCUGGCCCACUCCCAAACCAGCUCCAAUUUCUUGAAUGUCAAUUUGUAUCUCCGUUUGCCCAACAGAUUAGUGCCUGCGCACGAGCGCCAAGACCACCCAGAUAAAUUCACAACUACCAAUACCAACAGCUUUGGCGACUUACAAGUGGGUCUGAUCAAGUUACCGUUGAAUUUGCGCUGCCACCUGAAGGCCAUCCGUUUAAUUGAUCAUGAGUAUCUCCAAUUCAAGACCAGUUUUGAUGCAACAGACUCCAUUGGUGAGAUAUCGUUGAGCAUUGAUUUUAAGCCACAGUUGAAAACUCACUUGUCUAUUGAAGACUUUGAUCUUCUUAAAGUGAUUGGCAAGGGCUCAUUCGGCAAGGUCAUGCAGGUGAUGAAGAAAGACACCAAGCAAAUCUACGCUUUGAAAUCCUUGCGCAAACACCAUAUUGUAUCUCGCAUGGAAGUUACGCAUACAAUGGCGGAGCGCACAGUGCUUGCACGUAUCAACAAUCCGUUUGUGGUGCCUUUGAAGUUUUCCUUCCAGUCUCCAGAAAAAUUGUACCUUGUUUUAGCAUUCAUCAACGGUGGGGAGUUAUUUUACCACUUGCAGAAAUCGGGCAAGUUUUCCAUGGACCGCUCGCGUUUCUAUACUGCAGAAUUGCUUGCGGCACUUGACAGUUUGCACGAACUUAAUGUCAUCUACAGAGACUUAAAGCCCGAGAACAUUUUGAUUGAUUAUCAGGGCCAUAUUGCCUUGUGUGAUUUUGGCUUGUGCAAGCUCAACAUGACCAACGAGGAUAAAACAAAUACUUUCUGUGGAACUCCGGAAUAUUUGGCACCGGAGUUGCUCUUGAACCAAGGGUAUACAAGAAGUGUCGAUUGGUGGACUUUGGGUACCUUGUUGUACGAAAUGUUAACUGGGUUGCCGCCUUUCUUCGAUUCUGAUGUUCCUACUAUGUACAAGAAGAUUUUACAGAACCCGCUCAAGUUUCCUCCUUUCUUGGAAGGCACUGAUGCCCAGGACUUGUUAAUAAAGUUGUUACAGAAAGACCCAGCUAAGCGUUUGGAUGAUGCACAACAAAUUAAGAACCACGCUUUUUUCAAGGACAUCGACUGGAAAAAAUUGUUGGACAAAGGCUAUCAGCCUCCAUUCAAGCCCACUGUCAAUGGCUUCUUGGAUACGUCCAAUUUCGAUCAAGAUUUUACAAACGAGCGUCCACAAGAUUCUGUUGUUGAUGACUUUUUAAGUGAAUCUGUGCAGAAACAGUUUGGUGGCUGGACCUACAAUGGUGAAACCGUGCUUUAG